UCUCGUUCCACCGUCUGCCAGGGGUUUUAUGGCUUCGAAUUCGUGCAGCAACUUCCGGAUUGCCCCGCUUCUCCACCCUCCUGUCUUGGCUGGGAUAACACGCGGGAUGAUGCAUGCUCCCCAUUUUCGGCUUGGCCGAAUGAGUCUAGAUAUCACUGAGCCCGCUCGUAUACGAUGACUCCAGGAUGUUUCUCUUCUCGACUCGACCUGCCUACUGCACACACGGUCGGUUCGCCGGAAGAGCCAUUCGAUAGUCCCCAAUUCUAUCGACUGCCGCCUGAGAGAUAUAAUACUGUGGUUUAUGGGGCUGUUGAAAACACCCUGGCACCAACCUGUAGUUGAUGAGGUCAAAAUUCUGUGACAGACCAUCAUGGCUCCUCAUAAACUAGAUGUCGACGUCGACGGUUUAAAUAUCAAGAUAGCCAUUGACCGAGGUGGUACUUUUACUGACUGCCUUGGGAUUAUCGGUGGACGAAAGGAUGAUAUUGUCGUUAAGCUACUGUCUCAAGAUCCAUCCAACUAUGCCGAUGCUCCUAUUGAGGGUAUACGCCGUAUCCUAGAACAGGCGACAGGCAAAAGUUUCCCACGAAACCAAAAGCUGAACACAACAGACUUUUCUAGUGUUAGCAUCCGGAUGGGAACUACUGUUGCAACAAAUGCACUGUUGGAACGCAAAGGUGACCGGGUUGCUUUGUUAGCUACCAAAGGGUUCAAAGAUGCCCUGAGAAUUGGCAACCAAUCCCGGCCUCAUCUGUUUGAUCUCAAUAUUCGACGACCGGACGUUUUAUACGAAGAUGUGAUUGAGGUCGAUGAAAGAGUGACUAUUGAAGAUUACCAGCAAAACCCAGCCCCGGAUCGCAAUGGACUUGCAGCUUCUCUCGAGUCGGAUCCAGGUCUGACUCGUGGUGUAAGCGGAGAGGUAGUACGAGUUCUACAAAAGAUAGAUGAAGCCAAGGUUCGGAACGACUUGCAAAUAUUAUAUGACAAGGGCUAUCGCUCAAUCGCAGUUGUGUUGGUGCAUUCGUAUACAUUCCAAGAUCAUGAGCUGGCUGUAGAACGCAUUGCAAAGGAGAUUGGAUUUCCGAAUAUAUCACUCUCGAGCCAGCUUCUUCCAAUGAUAAAAAUGACAUCUCGAGGCGCUUCGGCCACCGCUGAUGCUUAUCUGACUCCUGUAAUUCGACGGUAUAUUGAUGGAUUCCGAUCUGGGUUCAAAGAUGGUCUUCGGUCUAAUGAAACUCGAUGCGAAUUUAUGCAGAGUGAUGGUGGUUUAGUCAACUUUGAGAAAUUUUCUGGGCUUCGAGCUAUUCUUUCGGGACCAGCCGGUGGUGUCGUGGGACAUGCGCGUACAUCUUUUGACCCGGCAGACGGCACUCCUGUCAUAGGAUUUGAUAUGGGAGGUACAAGUACUGAUGUGUCGCGAUACGAUGGAAAGUUCGAACACACAUUCGAGAAUACUACUGCUGGCGUGACAAUCAUGGCCCCUCAACUUGACAUCAACACCGUUGCCGCUGGAGGUGGUAGCAUAUUAUUCUGGAGACAUGGUCUUUUUGUAGUGGGUCCCGAUUCUGCUGGAGCUCACCCUGGACCUUCCUGCUACAGAAAAGGUGGCCCACUGACAGUGACAGACGCAAAUUUGUUCCUAGGCAGGCUUCUCCCUGAAUAUUUCCCCAAAAUCUUUGGACCCAAUGAGAACGAGCCGCUUGAUGUGGAGAUCACUCGAAAGAAAUUCGCUGAGCUCGCACAACAGAUCAACGAAGAGACUGGUCAGUCAAAAUCGGCGGAAGAAAUUGCUCUCGGUUUCAUUGAAGUUGCCAAUGAAUCAAUGGCAAAGCCAAUUAGGGCACUUACGGAAGCUCGUGGAUACGAAACUUCUGCCCAUAAUUUGGCUUGUUUUGGGGGCGCUGGAGGCCAGCACGCUUGUGCUAUUGCUUCGUCUUUAUCAAUUCAAACUGUUAUUAUCCAUCGCUACUCGUCUAUUCUUUCUGCAUACGGAAUGGCAUUGGCAGAUGUUGUCCACGAGGCUCAGGAGCCGGCUUCGGGAUUCCUAGAUGAAAAUUCGUUAAUAGUCCUCCGUGACCGUAUCGAAAUCCUCAAGACUAAAGUGCAGACAGAACUGGAGGCUGAAAAAAUCCCUAAAGAGCAAAUCCAUCACGAAGUAUAUCUGAAUUUACGUUACCAGGGAACCGACAACCUGCUUAUGAUUCUAGAUCCAGAGGAUGGCAAUUUUGCCGAGGCUUUCAUUCGAGAACAUAAAAGAGAGUUCUCUUUUACAUUCCCGGGUCGUCCCAUCGUAGUAGAGGAUGUUAGAGUGCGUGGGGUUGGCAAAUCGUUAUCAGUUCCUGCGGAAGCACCACAGGCCGAGUUAAAGGCUACUAAAAUGGUAUCUGUGGGCAAGGAGAAGGAGGACGAUUCUACCACGGUGUGCUUCUCUGGCGUCGGAUAUGUCACUACUCCUGUUUUCUUUUUGGAUAAUUUGAGUCCCGGUAGCCAUAUCAGUGGACCUGCCAUGAUUAUUGACAAAACGCAAACAAUUGUUGUUGAGCCGCAUGCAACUGCAAAAAUUCUGUCACGACACGUUAUAUUGAACGUGCCUCCGAAGAAGAAGCGUGAAGAUAGCGGGGAGUCCACUCUCGUUGUUGACCCAAUUCGUCUUUCUGUUUUUGGCUAUCGCUUCAUGUCGGUAGCAGAUCAAAUGAGCCGUAUGUUUCAAAAGACGUCCGUAUCGACAAAUAUCAAGGAGCGGCUUGAUUUCUCAUGUGCUGUCUUCUCUCCCGAUGGAAAACUGGUGGCUAAUGCACCUAAUGUUCCUGUUCACCUUGGAAGCAUGGAAUACGCCGUUCGGUAUCAACAUGAACAAUACUCAGGCAAAUUACGGCCUGGCGACCACAUCUGUACCAACCAUCCUUUGGCAGGAGGGACUCAUUUACCAGAUAUCACAAUAAUAACACCUGUGUGGGAUACAGACGGAAAGGAAAUAAUAUUUUAUGUGGCUUCGAGAGGUCACCAUGCCGAGAUCGGAGGUAUUCAACCAGGCUCAAUGCCCUCAAAUAGCAAAAUGCUGUAUGAAGAGGGCGCUAUGACUAUGGGCUUCAAAAUUGUUUCUGAAGAUCGCUUCAACGAAGACAUUGUACGCAAGUUCUUGUAUGACGAGCCAGCUUCAUAUGCAGGAUGUAGUGGCACUCGUACGUGGAAUGACAAUGUUUCCGAUUUGAAAGCAGCAAUAGCAGCGAAUCAAAAGGGAGCGCAGCUUCUUCGCGGCCUGGUUGACGAAAAUUCUUUGAAAGUGGUGCACUUUUACAUGGACGGCAUCAAAGAUAAUGCCGAAGUUGCCGUUCGUGAAUAUCUCAAAACAAUUGGGAAACAAACCGGAGGAAAACCAUUGAGAUUUUCAGAUUUCAUGGACGAUGGAACAGAAAUCCGACUGGAAAUCCGAAUAGAUAAUGAGACUGGGUCUGCCGACUUUGACUUUACCGGCACUGGCCGUGAGACCUUCAACUGUUUGAAUGCGCCCAAAGCUAUUGCACAUUCGGCAAUCAUAUACUCGCUGCGGUGCUUGAUAAAUGUCGAUAUACCCCUAAACCAGGGAUGUCUGGCGCCGUGCAAUGUGAUUAUUCCGAGUGGAACUCUUCUCAAUCCAUCUGGAAUGGCAGCUGUUUGUGCAGGAAAUCCUAUCACUUCACAGCGCAUCACAGAUGUUGUUCUAGGCGCUUUCAAUGCCUGUGCCGCAUCACAAGGCUGUUGCAAUAUCAUAUCCUUCGGGAUGGGAGGGCAGGACAAAGAUGGCAACGAAGUACCCGGAUUUGGUGUAGGCGAAACCAUUUGUGGUGGAUCAGGUGCUGGCCCUUCAUGGCAGGGUACCUCUGCAGUUCAUUGCCACAUGACCAACACUCGUAUCACCGAUGCUGAGGUUUAUGAGUUGCGAUACCCAGUAAUUUUGCGGCAAUUCUCAAUCCGCAAAGACUCUGGUGGAAAAGGUAAGUUCAACGGUGGUGACGGAUCCAUUAGAGAGCUUGAAUUCAGAGUCCCCUUGUCGGUUUCAAUGCUUAGUGAGAGGCGUGUCACUCGUCCUUAUGGCAUGGCAGAUGGUGAAGCUGGUCAACCAGGGCUGAACCUGUAUAUCCGAAAGGAAGUCGACGGCUCCGAGCGUACGAUUAACAUUGGAGGCAAGAUGGAGCUUGAUGUGCAGCCUGGAGAACGUAUCAUUAUUCAUACGCCUGGAGGUGGCGCUUGGGGCUAUCCUAAUGAAGAAACAGCGGAAUCGAUACCAGUGACCUCCCCACGAAAAGUAUUUGAGCCGCGUGGAAGUGUAUUUGCAUUUGCUGCCACGGCCGAAGCAGCCCAAUAGCCAUACAUUUAGAUAGAGUGACGCGUCUGAAUUGACUGUGGUUACUGUCAUUUGAAUCAAGCUCCC